AUGUCAUUGACACUCCGGACCGAGCUCCAGGUGGAGCUUUUGACCGCUUUCUUAAAUACCCGUGGUCCGAGGGCGAUUCUUUCCUCAGACUCUUACCCUCUGGACCACAGGUGCGCUCCCCUCUGUUCUUUGUAUCUACUUAGACUCUUACCCUCUGGACCACAGUCCUGUCGUUAUAGAGCUUCUUUUUGGCACUCUCUCUGUGCCAGUCGCUUCAUUGUCACUGCGCUCAACACAGGAACGCGAGGUAUGGUCAGGAGAAAGGUCCUACGAGUCCUUAUCAAGAGGGUGAGAAAAGUAAGUAAGCAUAGAUAA